AUGGCCCGCCCACGAGCUGCGUCGAGUGCCGACGCCCAGAAGGAACCCCAUGCGGUCUCUCUGAAAGUCUUUCGCGACCGUCACUGGCUCACCAAUCCCCCCCUACCCAUCGCAAACACCAAGAUAUCCAACAAGGCGCCGUUGAGCUUCCCAUCUACAGACUCCGACGACCAAUUCAUUCUCACGCCCAAUCUCACCCUCCCUCCGGCCUUCGGAUCAGUCUAUGUUGGCGAAACCUUUGCAUGCACCCUAAGCGCGAACAAUGAGAUAACCGACGAUGAAACGGAUAGAGUGGUCACAUCUGUACGGAUCGUAGCGGAGAUGCAAACUCCCUCAUCCGUCGCCUCGCUAGACCUGGAACCAGCUAGCGACUCGGCCCAGGUAGAGGGUCUUGCGACCGGCGAGUCGCUACAGAAAAUCGUCCGAUAUGACCUUAAAGAGGAAGGAAACCAUAUUCUCGCUGUCAGCGUAAGUUAUACGGAGACGAGAAUUGGAACGGACGCCCAGGCUGCUAGCGGUCGAGUCCGGACCUUCCGCAAGCUGUAUCAAUUUGUCGCUCAACCUUGUCUGAGCGUGAGGACGAAGGCAUCCGAGCUGCCACCGUUGGAGGUGGAUAACAAGUCGCUGGGUCCGUAUGGGAAAACCCGUCUGCUUCGUUUUGCCUUGGAGGCACAACUGGAGAAUGUUGGGGACGGCGCGGUUGUUGUCAAGCAAACGAGACUAAACCCAAAACCACCCUUCAAAUCCGUCUCGCUGAACUGGGACUCCUUAUCAGACAACCCGGGAACAGGACCACCAACGCUCAACCCGCGUGACGUACUACAAGUCGCGUUCCUGGUGGAGCAGGAGGAAAACCGAACGGAAGGGCUAGAAGCUCUGCAGAAAGAUUUACGGAAGGAGGGGCGGGCGACGCUAGGCCAAUUAUCGAUCGAAUGGCGUGGUGCGAUGGGCGACAAGGGCUUCCUAACUACGGGCAACCUGAUGAGCCGGAAACGCACCUGA